AUACACUGCAGACUGUCUGAGCAUGUAGAUAUGAAAAGAACACAUCUAACAUUUCACCCUCAGGUCCAUCCACUAUUUGUGUGUCAAGGGUUUGUGUAGGUAUGGUCAGAAUACACAUAGAAAUUGUGGUGUGAACUAUAUUCAGCAGGGAUACAAUAUAUUAUACAAUAAAUUAUAUAAUAUACCACAUAAAUAUACCUCUGAAAAAACAUACCAUAUAUUCAGGCUUGCAUAUAGUAUGUGUUUUCUAUAUCAGAAAGCAAACACUUUACCCAUUUGGGGUUGUGAUGUUAUCUAAGUGAUAUUUAUUUAUAGGUGUUAGAGGAUGGAAAGGAGGAGCAACAGGCAGCCAGCUGGUGGGUUAAAACCUGAAUAAGAGGAUUGCAGGUUCCUACUGCUAGACUCACACCACACACUCCUUAGAAGGUAGAGGUUCGGUGCCAGCUCACACACACACACACACACACACACACACACACACACACACACACACACACACACACACACACACCCAGGGGAUUGACUGCACACCUCAGUGAGUCUGAAGAAGAAGGGAGAGAGAGGGGGUGAGAGAAAGAGAGGGGGUAGGGAGAGAGACAGACUUCUCUAGAGCUGGAACUUGUUAUGGAAAACACUGGAAGGAUAAGUGCAAGUGGCAAUGAACUGUGAGAGCUUAUGCUGAUACAGGAAAAAAAAAAAAAUUGGACGCUUCCCACUUAAUUUCUUCACUGCAGCGCACAAACAUGGACCAAGAAGACAUAUCCCCCCUGAAGCAUUUUGUAGUAGCCAAGAGGACAAUCAGUACUAUAUUUGACCAGCUGCAAGAGUUUGUUAGAGAAGGCUCUGGGUUUGUGGAGGAGACAUGGCACAGCGAGGACCUGGAGCAGGUGGCCGUGGAGGAUCAGUAUGUGCAGAUGCAGGCCUGCGCGAGGAAGCUGGCCAUCAUUAGGGAGGUGCUGGGCCGCAGGCACAUGAAAGUGGCUUUCUUUGGCAGAACGAGUAACGGCAAGAGUACGGUGAUCAACGCCAUGCUGCGGGAGCGGGUGCUGCCCAGUAGCAUCGGCCACACCACCAACUGCUUCCUGAGCGUGGAGGGCACGGAUGGUGACAUGGCCUACCUCACGACCGAGGGCUUCGAUGAGAGGCGGAGCAUUGAGACGGUGAAUCAGCUUGCCCAUGCCCUGCAUAUGGACCCCAGUCUGGACUCAGGCUGCCUGGUCCGAAUGUUCUGGCCCAAGACCAAGUGUGCCCUGCUGAGAGAUGACCUGGUGCUGAUGGACAGCCCAGGCAUCGAUGUCACCUCUGAGCUCGACAGCUGGAUCGACAAGUUCUGUCUGGACGCUGAUGUCUUCGUGCUGGUGGCCAACGCCGAGUCCACCCUGAUGAACACGGAGAAGCACUUUUUCCACAGAGUGAGUGAGAGGAUAUCGAAGCCCAACAUCUUCAUCCUGAAUAACCGCUGGGACGUCUCAGUGUCGGAGCCAGAGUUCUUGGAAGAUGUGCGGAAGCAGCACAUGGAUCGCUGUGUUAGUUUCCUGAUGGACGAGCUGAGGGUGGUGGACGCUCGGCAGGCUCCCAAGCGUAUCUUCUUUGUGUCCGCUAAGGAGGUCCUGAGCUCCAGGGUGCACCGAGCCCAGGGCAUGCCAGAGACAGGUGGUGCCCUAGCGGAAGGAUUCCAGGAAAGACUCAGGGAGUUCCAGAGUUUCGAGAGAACGUUUGAGGAGUUCAUUUCACAGUCGGCAGUGAAGACUAAGUUUGAGCAGCACACCAUCCGAGGCUGGCAGAUCACAGAAUCCGUCAAGGCCAUCAUGGACGCCAUCAACAUUGCCUCGGCAGAGAAGAAGGUGCUCUCUCUGGAGGAGCGCGAGUCUCUCAUGGACCGGCUGGAGUUUGUGCGCAAUCAGCUUAACGUGCUGACCGAGGAUGUCAAGGAAAAGAUCAAGGCCACCGCUGAUGAAGUGGCCGCCAAGGUGACCGCUGCCAUGCUUGAGGAGAUCAAGGGUCUGUCUGCUCUGGUGGAUGAAUUCUGCUCGGACUUCAGCCCGGCCCCUAAUGCCUUAGCUCUCUACAAAUCAAAACUGCAGGCGUAUGUGGAGGAGAGGAUGGGGAAGAACCUGGUCUCCCGCUGCUCCAGCAGUAUCAGUGGCUACAUGCAGUCCUCACAGAGAGACAUUAUGGACAGCUUACGUCCUCUGCUGCCCCCUACUGCCAGGGGCAACCUGCACCUCCACCUCCCCAGCCACAGGUUUGAGGUCUCCUACGACCUCAAGUUCACCACCCUCUGCACAGACUUCCAGGGCAAUGUCGAGUUCCAGUUCUCCUUGGGAUGGACGGCCUUGGUCAACCGCUUCUUAGGGCCAGCAAACACCAAGCGUGCUGUGAUACUGCUGGACGAGAGCAUUCAGGCAGCUGGAUUUGCUACAACUCCCAUGGACCCCGAGAGCCAAGAGGACCUUGCCAUCUCCAUGGCGACCAAAAUGGCAUCUUAUACCUCCAGAGCCUCUAUGGGUGUGGUGGUCAUUGGUGGAGUGGUGUGGCGCUGUCUAGGCUGGAGGGUUAUUGUGUUGUCCGUGAGCCUCUUCGGCCUGCUGUACCUGUAUGAGAGGCUCACCUGGACCAACGGCUCCAGAGAGAGGGCCCUGAAGCAGCAGUUUGUGGACUUUGCCACCCAGCGGCUUUUGGCCAUCACCCCCAUCACCAGUACCCACUGCAGCCAGCAGGUCCACCAGGAGAUGGUGGCCACGUUCAGCCGCCUCAGCCAGCAGGUGGACAAGAGUGAAGGUGAGCUGGAGACAGACAUCUGGCGGCUGAACUCCAGGAUCCAGCGGCUGGAGGGGGUGCAGAAGCACUCCAAAACCCUCAGGCACAAAGCAACUGAUUUGGAGAGACAGCUAGAAAUCUUCACCUCACAGUAUCUGCAUGCCACACCCUGAGGUCAGGAGACUUCCAGAAGCUUGGGUCAAGUAAAUAAUUCAUUCUACAUAUUUAAAACUGCGGUGGAGAAAAGAGGAUAAAAGCCAUGAUGGUGCUACUGACUCCAUGCAGUUCUCAUCUGACACCGAUCUCCAUGUG